AUGCGGUACAGAAACUGGGAUGUUCUUCUUUUUCCUGGAGGCUCAAAGGUUCCUAUCCAAGAGUUCAAGACACAAUGUUUUGUGACCAAAGAUAAAGACUCGCCCUACCUACACAAUGCAGUCUUUCUUGGCCCUCAUGCACACCUUCCCGAGCAAGGUACCUUCAACCAGCUGCCAGUCCUUACAACAUUCAUCCCGAGUCUGCCCAGAGACAGUCCAUUCCAAGUCUCGGUUCAUAGUUGGGAGAAACCACGCCCCAGCAUCCAGAUCGAGUCCAACAUGGAGCCAGAGGACGUUUUACUCUGCGAGGUGCGACUAUUCAUUGACGGGGUCUUUGUUGCGGGUAGUAUCUAUGGACAGAGAACUAGUUGGCCACAGAUUAUGGCUCUUGACCGAGAUGGAAACCAAGACACCCUUCGAUUCCCCCCCUUUCAUUCUGAGGUACUACAGCAGAAGCAUUGGGAUGCCGGAGAUUCUCAAGGUAGAAUCAAGGUUGUCAUCGCAGAAGGUUUCUCUCGCCCCAAUCGCACGCCCCCCUUCGAACGAUACAAGCAUGUCAUCGUUUUCUCCUUCCAACAUGCACCACUAGAUGUGCUGGAAUUCUCCGACAUUGCUUGGCCCAAUCCCAACAUGUGGCUUUCUAUGCCCAAUGGAUCCCGGUACGGAUCGGCGGCGAGAUAUGGUACCUCCAAGGUAGUUGGCGAUGGUGCCCAUGGGCAUUCACCAAGCAAACCUGACAGACCCGAACAUCGAAUUGCAGCUACGGCUAAUACGAGUAGCCAAUCCAGCAGUAAUGCCGCUACUUACAGUGGUAGCACUCCGUCAACUUACAAUGCCUGGACCCCUCAUCGUGGGUUUCCCAUCCCUUCUACACAGUGGAACAGUUAUCCACAAGAGCCUCGAUGGGAGUCACAGGAUACAUACAUCGUGGAGCCUAGCAUGGAUGCUUUCAUUGACGAUACAGCAUGGCGACAGCGUGGUGCUCGAUCCUCUCGCGAGGACGUCCCCAUGCCAGAUUAUGCUUCCACGGUAUCGACCACCAGCAGUCGGGCCAUCUCCAGCGUGACUGGUAUGAGCUACGAGCACAGCAAGCAGCCCAGCAUCAAUUCCUGUCUUGACGAUGAGCAAUACAAUGAGCUGAUCCAAGCUCUGACUCCAACGAAGGUGCCUGCAGUGGGUACUCGUGCACCCUCUAAUACCCCCUCCACUGCUGCCACCGCGAUGUCUGCCCCAAAGCCUUCUGCUGCAUCCGAAGCUCGAUCUGUACGUUGCAAGUCCCGAAGCCGCCGUUCAUCCGCACUCAAGGAGAUAUCACAACCAAGCACCCGUGAUGUUUCAGGAUCGAGCGAGCCCAAGAACUUAACCCCAUCCAAGCUUGGCGCAAGUCCAAGCGACAAGAUCCGGAGCAAAAAGGAGAACCAGAAAGACGCCAACCAGGAGACCCCCAAAGCGAAGUCUAAGGGUAAGGACACUGCAAAGGAAAACUGCAACUCCAAGGAGGUCGAAAACGUGCUGGACGAGAGUGAAUCGAAUUUGUAG